AUGUACGGAAGCACUGGUUUGCUUGGAGUUGACGAGACUUCGUGCCUACUUAGUUCUGAUUCCACUUCUACUGAAGAUGAUGAUGAUCCGGACACGAUGUUGGGAAAAAAUGCAAAUAUUAUCCAUCCGGAUUCUCAGAUGCUUAAACAUCGUGUUCGAAUACCAGAUGUCUCACAUUCAAGAUUCAGUUUUCGAAAGUUGUGGGCCUUUAUGGGUCCUGGAUUCUUGAUGAGCAUAGCUUAUUUGGAUCCAGGAAAUAUUGAAAGCGACUUGCAGUCAGGAUCACAAGCUCAGUAUCGAGUAGCAUAUGAAUAUUACCCACGAAUGCCGCGGCUCAUUCUAUGGAUAAUGAUUGAAAUAGCAAUUAUUGGAAGCGAUAUGCAGGAAGUUAUUGGAACAUCGAUUGCAAUCUAUCUUUUGACCAAAGGCUUUAUUCCAUUAUAUAUCGGCGUCCUCGUUACUGUUCUGGAUACGUUUUUGUUCUUAUUUCUGGAUACUUAUGGGUUUCGAAAGUUGGAAGGUCUUUUCGCAAUUUUGAUUGCAAUUAUGGGAGCUACUUUUGGUUAUGAAUAUGUAGUAGUAAAACCGAACCAGCUCUCUGUGCUCAAAGGGAUGUUUUUACCGUGGUGCGAAGGCUGUGGUCGUGACCAGUUCAUGCUUGCUGUUAGUAUUGUUGGUGCUGUCAUAAUGCCUCAUAAUUUAUACCUUCAUUCUGCGCUUGUUAAGAGUCGCGACAUAAAUAGGAAAAAAAAAGCCAAUGUCCAGGAAGCAAGUUUCUACUUCUUUAUCGAAUCUGGAAUUGCCUUAUUAUGUAGUUUUAUAAUCAAUGUGUUUGUUGUUGCUGUUUUUGCUCAUGGAUUGUAUAGCAAGACCAAUUACCAAAUAAGGGAAAAUUGUGACGCACGUAAGGGUAUUAUGGAUCCCACAGUAUUUCCAUACAACAAUGAAACGGCUGAAUCAGAUUUAUACAAAGGCGGUAUAUUUCUUGGCUGUGAAUUUGGUCUCGUUCCUUACUAUGUUUGGGGUAUUGGUAUUUGGGCAGCUGGACAAAGUUCUACAAUGGCUGGUACCUAUGCUGGACAAUUUGUGAUGGAGGGUUUUUUGAAAAUCCGUUGGGCUCGUUGGAAACGAGUUCUGGUCACUCGUAGCAUCACAGUUGUGCCAGCACUGUUGCUUGCAUUGCGCAUAAAUAGUAUGCGUGAUUUGACGGGAAUGAACGAUUUGUUAAACUGUAUUCAAAUGUUGCAACUACCAUUUGCGCUUAUCCCAGUAGUAACAUUCACAUCUAGUGCCAAAGUUAUGCUCGAUUUUCGCAACUCCAGAUUCUUUCAAGUUUCUGCGCUAAUUGUCUCGUGUAUUGUAAUCAUUAUUAAUUUGUAUUUCUUCACGGACUACAUAACCGCAAAACUAGGGAAUGCUUGGUACAUUUGGGUAACACUCUUGAUCCCGUCCAUCGGAUAUCUUAUAUUCGUCUGCUAUUUGAAAAUACCUGGUUUCGAUCCAAUACAUUUUAAAACCAAUGCACCGUGGCUUUCCGAAGAGCAGCAAAUUGUGGUCACAGAGCGGAUCAACAGCGAUCAUUAUUCUCAACCGACGAUUUAA